AUGGCAAGAAAAAUAAAACAGUUGGGUUCAUGUAGAAGAAAGUGUAAUGAACUGUUUAAGGAUGAUGAUAGAAAAAUUAUUUUUGAAGAAUAUUGGAGUAUGGGAGAUUAUGCAAAGAGAGUUUCUUAUGUAAUGGCCCUUAUAAAUCUAAAACAAAAAAUGACUGAAAGAAAAAAAGUGGAUAUUUCUGAAAAGCAAAGAAAUAGAACAUUUUCUAGAGAGUACUUCUUGCGUAUUAAUGGAGAAAAGAAAAAAAUUUGCUGUUCUUGUUUCUUAAGUACUUUGGGUGAAACAAAAGGGUUUCUCAAUACAGUAGUGGCAAAGUGCAUUUCAUCAAAAUCAGGUAUACCUCAAAAUGAUUUGAGAGGUAAAAGAGAACCACACAACAAGCUGUCUGAGCAAGAUUUAAAAAAUGCUAAGGAUCAUAUACUAAGUAUUCCUUCAUAUGAAAGUCACUAUUCUAGGCGUGAUACUAGCAAAAGAUACCUUCCAUCACAUUUUACAUUGUCAAGUUUAUAUGAACAGUAUAAACAAACAACAGAUACACCAAUCGGCCGUCCAAAAUAUGAAGCCAUUUUCCAUGAUUUAAACCUGUCUAUAAAAAAACCAAAAAAGGACACUUGUAAUAAAUGUGAUACUUUCCAUAUGCGCAUAAGUUUGGCAGAUGGAGAUGAAAAAGAAAAUUUGCAGAUAGCGUUUAGGGAUCAUUUAGAACAAGCUGACAUGGGAUAUACUUCAAAAGCAGAAGAUAAGAAGAAGCUAAAACUGAUGAAAAAAAAGAAAAAAAAGUACUGA